AGCAUCUCGGGUGCUGGAGCUGGAGGAAGAGCUCAGGAGCCUGGCUGAGGAGCUAAGCCAGUGCCAGGCUGAUAAAGAAUUUGUGUGGUCUUUGUGGAAACGCCUCCAGGUGGCAAAUCCAAAUCUUACACAAGCAGUGAGCAUGAUAGUGGAAAGAGAAAAGCAGAAGGCUGAAGUCAAGGACAGGAAAGUAUUAGAAAUUUUGCAAAUCAAAGACAGUAAAAUACAAGAACUUGAACAGAGAGCAUCAGGACAACAACAGGAAAUAAACAAUGUAGUACAGAGAAAAAUUGCUGUAGAUGAAGAAAAUGCUCUCUUGAAGAAUGAAUUCAGUAAUUUGCAGCAGAAAUUUAAAGAUAAAAGUGAAGAACUUAAGGACGCUAAGGAGUGUGCACAGAAGAAAGAAGAGCAAAACAGACUGGUUAUAAAAAAUCUGGAGGAGGAAAAUGAGGGAUUAAAUACACGCUGCACUGACCUGCUAAAUGACCUGGAGAAACUGAGGAAGCAGGAGGCCCAAUGGAGAAUAGAAAAAUCUGGUAUUGAUACCAAAAUAAAGAAUUUGGAAACUGAUUUAACUGAGGCAAGAAAACAAAUGGAAGACUUGCACACUAAAUGCAAUGACUUGACAUCACAAGCGAUUGUUAAACAGACUGAAUUAACACAAAAGGAUUGUGAUGUGGCCAGAGUUAGGAAGGAGUUGCAGGAACUGCAGAAUCUUUACAAGCAAAACACAGAACAUACAGCACAGCAGGCAGAGCUGAUCCAGCAGCUUCAGGCUCUCAAUAUGGAUACACAAAAAGUACUGAGAAAUCAGGAAGAUGCUCACACAGCUGAAACUAUAUCAUAUCAAAAACUUUACAACGAAUUGACUAUAUGUUUUGAAGCUCUGCAAGCAAGUGAGAUUCAGCUCCAUCAAAGUAAUGCUUCUCUUCAGGGUCAGUCACUGGAAAAAGAACAAAAGAUAAAGUGGCUGGAAGAGCAACUACAGUUGGCCCAAGAUUCUUAUCCAAAAGAUAGGGAAGAGACUACCUGCCUAAAGAACACUACAAGAUAUUUCUGCAUGCUCACCUGGGAUUCGGACAAAAUUGAGGCAAAAAAGAACAAAAUUGAGGAAUUUCAACAGCCUUCUUUAAAUGAGCUGGAGUGUCUUAUAGCAUCACAGAAAUGUGAAAUAAAGUUUUUGCAGGAAAAAUUGAAAACAGCAAAUCUUAACCUAGUAGAGCAUCACUUUGGCAGCAAAGAUGUCCUUGGAAGAAAGCAUGCGGAACCACCUGUGAAACGUUCAAGGUCUUUGUCCCCAAAGAGCUCUUUUAGAGAGUCAGAGGAGCUAAGGAAGCUUAAAAUAGCUGAAAAGAAGAUAGAAAACUUAGAGAAGACACUACAGUUAAAGACCCAAGAAAAUGAUGAGCUAAGAGAAGCCCAUGAAAAACGCAAAGAGAGGUUGCAGAUGUUACAGACCAACUACAGAGCGGUAAAAGAGCAAUUAAAGCAGUGGGAAGAGGGCUAUAGCAAGACUGAAAACACGAAAAGCAAACACCAGCGUGCAGAUCCCCACCAGCUUUGCCAAGAAGAUUCUGAUGCUGUCUGGAACGAACUGGCAUAUUUCAAAAGGGAGCACAAAAAGCUAUUGAUUGAAAAGUGAGUAUCCUUUUAAAAA